GGCGCCUGACCGGAGCGCGGGCGACCAAGGGACCGCUCCCGGGACGUUCUCUUGGCCCGCCCGCGGCCGCGGCCCGCGCCAUUCCUCGUUAGCGCGGUGGGCGGCGAAGGCGCGGCCCCUGAGGCAGGGUUGGGCGGGACAGCGUGCGCGCUCCCAGGCGGGGUCAGGCCGCCCCUGCCAGGACCCGCGGGCCCGGAAACGCUUGCUGUCACAAAGGGGGGACCACGUGGGCGCCGAUUGCCCCCGCGGCGGUCGCGGGGAGCUAGGGUCCUCUGGAGAACCGCCCACCAUCUCCGCCUGCCCGACACCUCUGCCCGGCCUGUCCAGCAGCGGCUGGCGCCCGGUUUCGAGGGGAAUUCCCGGCUCAGUCUGACCACCUCCCUCCAGUUUUUCCACCUCGUCCGGACCUUCACAUAAUCAUGUCUAUCCUCUACGUCUCCCCUCACCCAGAUGCCUUCCCCAGCCUUCGAGCGCUCAUAGCCGCUCGCUAUGGGGAGGCUGGGGAGGGUCCUGGAUGGGGAGGAGCCCACCCUCGCAUCUGUCUUCAACCGCCUCCCACCAGCCGGACUCCUUUUCCCCCACCCCGCCUGCCCGCUUUGGAGCAAGGUCCCGGUGGGCUCUGGGUUUGGGGAGCCACAGCUGUGGCCCAGCUCUUGUGGCCAGCAGGCCUGGGGGGCCCUGGGGGUAGCCGGGCAGCUGUUCUUGUCCAACAGUGGGUCAGUUAUGCCGACACAGAGCUAAUACCAGCUGCCUGUGGAGCAACGCUGCCGGCCCUGGGACUCCGAAGUUCAGCUCAAGACCCCCAGGCUGCACUGGGGGCCCUGGGAAAGGCCCUGAGCCCCUUGGAGGAGUGGCUUCGACUGCACUCCUACCUGGCUGGAGAUGCUCCCACUCUGGCUGACCUGGCUGCUGUGACAGCUUUGCUGCUCCCCUUCCGAUAUGUCCUGGACCCCUCUGCCCGCCGGAUCUGGGGUAAUGUGACUCGCUGGUUUAUCACAUGUAUUCGGCAGCCAGAAUUCCGGGCUGUGCUAGGAGAAGUGGUUCUUUAUGCAGGAACCAGGUCUCUCUCUCAACAGCCAGGACCUGAUGUCCCUGCACCCCCAAAGACAGCUGCUCAACUCAAGAAAGAGGCAAAGAAGCGGGAAAAGCUAGAGAAAUUCCAGCAGAAGCAGAAGAUCCAACAGCAGCAGCCACCCCCAGGGGAGAAGAAACCAAAAGCAGAGAAAAAGGAGAAAAGGGAUCCUGGGAUCAUUACCUAUGACAUCCCAACCCCACCUGGGGAAAAGAAAGAUGUCAAUGGCAAUAUGCCAGACUCCUACAGUCCUCAGUAUGUGGAGGCUGCCUGGUAUCCUUGGUGGGAGAAACAGGGCUUCUUCAAGCCAGAGUAUGGGCGUCCUAGCGUGUCAGCACCAAAUUCCCGAGGGGUCUUCAUGAUGUGCAUCCCACCCCCCAAUGUGACAGGCUCCCUGCAUCUGGGCCAUGCACUCACCAACGCCAUUCAGGACUCCCUGACUCGAUGGCACCGCAUGCGUGGGGAGACUACACUGUGGAACCCAGGUUGUGACCAUGCAGGCAUUGCCACCCAGGUGGUGGUGGAGAAGAAACUGUGGCGGGAGCGGGGACUAAACCGACACCAGCUGGGCCGAGAGGCUUUUCUGCAGGAGGUCUGGAAAUGGAAGGAAGAAAAAGGUGACCGGAUUUACCAUCAGUUGAAGAAACUUGGCAGCUCCUUGGACUGGGAUCGAGCCUGUUUCACCAUGGACCCUAAAUUGUCAGCAGCUGUGACAGAGGCUUUUGUCCGACUUCAUGAGGAAGGUGUCAUCUACCGCAGUACCCGCCUGGUCAACUGGUCCUGUACCCUUAACUCUGCCAUCUCUGACAUUGAGGUGGAUAAGAAGGAACUGACAGGUCGUACCCUGCUCUCUGUGCCUGGUUAUAAGGAGAAAGUGGAGUUUGGGGUCCUCAUUUCCUUUGCCUACAAGGUCCAAGGCUCAGACAGCGAUGAGGAAGUGGUGGUGGCAACAACUCGGAUUGAGACUAUGCUGGGAGAUGUGGCCGUAGCUGUGCACCCCAAAGAUCCCAGAUACCAGCACCUUAAGGGGAAGAGCGUGAUCCACCCAUUUCUGUCUCGGAGCCUUCCUAUUGUCUUUGAUGAUUUUGUGGACAUGGAAUUUGGCACAGGUGCGGUGAAGAUCACCCCUGCACAUGACCAGAAUGACUAUGAGGUGGGGCAGCGUCACGGGCUGGAGGCCAUCAGUAUCAUGGAUUCCCAUGGGGUACUUGUCAACGUACCCCCACCUUUCCUGGGCCUGCCCAGGUUUGAGGCCAGGAAGGCGGUUCUGGCAGCACUGAAGGAGAAAGGACUGUUCCGUGGCAUUGAGGACAACCCCAUGGUGGUGCCACUUUGCAACCGUUCCAAGGAUAUAGUGGAGCCUCUGUUAAGGCCACAGUGGUAUGUGCGUUGUGGGGAGAUGGCCCAGGCUGCCAGUGCUGCUGUGACCCGUGGAGACCUCCACAUUCUGCCUGAGGCCCAUCAGCGAACGUGGCAUUCCUGGAUGGACAAUAUCCGGGACUGGUGCAUUUCCCGGCAGUUGUGGUGGGGCCAUCGCAUCCCAGCAUACUUCAUAACUGUCAAUGACCCAUCAGUACCUCCUGGGGAGGACCCUGAUGGGCGGUACUGGGUGAGUGGACGCAGUGAGGAGGAGGCCCGAGAGAAGGCAGCCAAGGAGUUUGGAGUGUCGCCUGAUAAGAUCAGUCUCCAGCAAGAUGAGGAUGUAUUGGACACCUGGUUCUCUUCCGGCCUCUUCCCCUUCUCCAUCUUGGGCUGGCCCAACCAGUCAGAAGAUCUGAGUGUGUUCUACCCGGGGACUCUGCUGGAGACGGGUCAUGACAUCCUCUUCUUCUGGGUUGCCCGAAUGGUCAUGCUUGGCCUGAAGCUUACCGGCAGGCUGCCUUUCAGAGAGGUCUACCUCCAUGCCAUUGUGCGUGAUGCUCAUGGACGGAAGAUGAGCAAGUCUCUAGGCAAUGUCAUUGACCCACUGGAUGUCAUACAUGGAGUCUCCCUACAGGGCCUCCAUGACCAGUUACUGAACAGCAACCUGGACCCCAGUGAGGUGGAGAAGGCCAAGGAAGGGCAGAAGGCAGACUUUCCCAUGGGGAUUCCUGAGUGUGGCACUGAUGCUCUCCGGUUUGGACUCUGCGCCUACACAUCCCAGGGUCGUGACAUCAACCUGGAUGUGAACCGAAUAUUGGGUUACCGCCACUUCUGCAACAAGCUCUGGAAUGCCACAAAGUUUGCCCUCCGUGGCCUUGGGAAAGGUUUUAUGCCCUCACCUACCUCCAAGCCUGGAGGCCACGAGAGCCUGGUAGACCGCUGGAUCCGCAGUCGACUGGCUGAGGCUGUGAGACUCAGCAAUGAAGGUUUCCAGGCCUAUGAUUUCCCAGCUGUCACCACCGCCCAGUACAGCUUCUGGCUCUAUGAGCUCUGUGACGUCUACUUGGAGUGCCUAAAGCCUGUACUGAAUGGAGUGGACCAGGUGGCAGCUGAAUGUGCCCGCCAGACCCUCUACACCUGUCUAGAUGUUGGCCUGCGGCUGCUAUCACCCUUCAUGCCCUUUGUGACAGAGGAACUCUUCCAGAGGCUGCCCCGGAGGACCCCACAAGCUCCAGCUAGCCUCUGUGUUACCCCCUACCCAGAGCCUGCAGAGUGCUCCUGGAAAGACCCUGAGGCAGAAGCCGCCCUUGAACUUGCACUAAGCAUCACUCGAGUUGUGCGCUCCCUGCGUGCAGAUUACAACCUUACCCGGAUCCGGCCUGACUGUUUUCUGGAAGUGGCUGAUGAGGCCACAGGUGCCCUUGCAUCAGCAGUGUCGGGUUACGUGCAGACGCUGGCCAGCGCGGGUGUCGUAGCUGUCCUGGCCCUGGGGGCUCCUGCACCACAAGGCUGCGCAGUAGCCCUGGCCUCUGACCGAUGCUCAAUCCACCUGCAGCUGCAAGGCCUGGUGGACCCAGCCCGGGAGCUGGGCAAGCUACAGGCCAAGCGAGGUGAGGCCCAACGGCAGGCCCAGCGUCUGCGGGAGCGCCGUUCUGCCUCAGGCUACUCUGUCAAGGUGCCCCUCGAAGUCCAGGAGGCAGAUGAAGCCAAGCUCCAACAGACAGAGGCAGAGCUCAGGAAGGUGGAUGAGGCCAUCGCCCUAUUCCAGAAGAUGCUGUGACACCCAACUUCAAUCCUCACAGCCCACCAUGGGAUGGCAGCAAUAAAAUAUUUUGCCAC